AAGCACGCCUGCCCCACACGCACCACGAUGUCGCUGAAACGCAUCAACAAGGAACUUAGUGAUUUGGCCCGUGACCCUCCAGCACAAUGUUCUGCAGGUCCAGUUGGGGAUGAUACGUUUCAUUGGCUAGCCACAAUUAUGGGACCUAAUGACAGCCCAUAUCAAGACGGUGUGUUCUUUUUGACAAUUCAUUUUCCUACAGACUACCCCUUCAAACCACCUAAGGUUGCAUUUACAACAAGAAUUUAUCAUCCAAAUAUAAACAGUAAUGGCAGCAUUUGUCUUGAUAUUCUAAGGUCGCAGUGGUCUCCUGCUUUAACUAUUUCUAAAGUUCUUUUAUCCAUUUGUUCACUGCUAUGUGAUCCAAACCCAGAUGACCCUCUAGUGCCAGAGAUUGCACGGAUCUACAAAACAGACAGAGAUAAGUACAACAGAAUAUUACAACAGAAAUGGACUCAGAGGUACGCCAUGUGAUGCUACCUUAAAGUCAGAAUAACCUGCAUUAUAGCUGGAAUAAACUUUAAAUUACUGUUC